AUGGAGCACACUUUUUUGACCAUACAUAAUUUACAUCCGGAUGCCAACAUCCUCUAUGCUUCUGAUUCCAUCUUUGAAAUUCUUGGGUACUCUCCACAACAGGUGGUUGGCAAGUCAGCCUUUGAUUACUUUCAUCCGGAGGAAGUCCCAUAUGCGCGGUCCGUCCAUAGUCGCGGCGUCUUGCUGGACAAGGCUGCCGUCCUGCAUUAUGCGCGUCUCCGUUCUCGUGAUGGCUAUUGGGUAAGCAGCGAAUGCUGCUUCUCGAUUGUCCAUGACAUUUUAUUUGCUUGUAUCAGUAUCUAUAAACGCGAUGCUAAGAGUGAGAAACGCGCUCUUGACGCUCCUCAGGUUCGACGCCUCUUCUCACGUUCUCCUCGAGACCCGCGAUAUCACAUGUUGGAGCAUCUAUCGCCCAAGUUCAGGCUACCACCUGUGGAGCGUGAACCUCGAGCCGCCCUGAUCUUGAACCGCUUCACCAGAACAUUAACGGUCAUGUUUGCAACUGAUGCUAUCGCGUCUAUUCUUGGAGUACCAGCCGAUCAGGUGCAACACAAGAGUUUCUACGAAUGUAUUCGUGAAAGCUGUUUGGAUGAUGCCCUCAAGUGCAUUGAGAGUGCAAAGGCAAAUGACUCGAUUGCUUACUUGCGUUUUUGGUCCAGAGACCCACGACGACCAGAAGAUUUUGAUGACGAAGAGAGCCAUGCUGAUGAAGAGUCAACACUCGACGCCGUCGAGCCUGAUAGAGCCAACGGGAAUGAGGAGCCACCUCAUCGUUACCACAAUGGCAACGGCAGGGAUCACCUCACCCCAGCGUGGAACGGGUCCGGCAGCGGUUCGAGGGAACCAGAACAUCGGCGACGUGCUGAAAGCCGCCGCUCCAGCGAUUCUGAAGGAGGUGGCGUUAAGCUGAGCAGUCCCAUGGAUCUUGACUCAAAUUCCGGCUCACGUCCAGGUCCCUCCGUCAAAGUCGAGCACGAUGUGGAAAUGCAGGAUGGGGUCACUUCCAUGGAUGAAACUUCAGGAGAAUCGCGUACCACGAGUUCCAAUGCCCAAGGCUCGACUUCACACGCCGGCGGCUAUCAGACUCCUCCCACUCCUCCAUCGCCCCCUCCUGCUCAGCCUAUUGGGGGCAACACACCUCGUGCGCGAAGCGAAUCUAGCCGCCCUGCACGACAAUUAGCAUCUUCUGUUGAGCUAGAAGCUGUUAUUUCGUGCACCUCUGAUGGUCUGGUCGUUAUCCUCCGUCGGGCAAGACCGCAGAUUCCCAGUACUCAUCCUCCCCUCAUGCCUUCUACCUUCGACAAUGGCGUGUUUGCCGCUCCCUGGGCACAGGAGCCCAUCCAUCCCCAGCUACCUCCUGAGGCUAUUCACAGUUUCCAGGCUCCCUUGGCUCCGCAACAUAUGCCGUUGCGAAGCGGGGCACAAGCUGCAGGAGGACCACCUAUGGACCAACUUAUGCAGUCCAUCCGAGAGGUCGCUGUCUUUGCUUGGGCCAUCGUGGGUAUCAAUGGGAAUUUGGCUUCGUAUGGUCAUGGUCGACCUUCAGGCGAGGCUCAGCCUCCAGAUGGUCUUCCCGUAUGGGAUCCUGCAUCGUCAGAAGCAUCGUAUGAGGGGCCUUACAAUCAAGCUGCUGAGCGAUGGGCCCGAGAGGCUCAGCAACAGCAAUAUUCGCACGUCCCACAUGAUUCUUUCUCAGCAGACUUAUCUAUGAAUGCAUCCGCAGAUCACGGCGCGGGGGGUAUGAGGCACCAAACUCAGGCAACUGACAGUCAUCAAGACCCAUGGUAUUCUCAGCGGUCAGCCUACCAACAGAACCAGGAAGCCUUUGCGCAAAACAAUCGUCAUAAUCAUGGGAACUCAUCCAACCACUCGAACCAACCACCGAAUCAAUGGGGUGAUGGACAGCACUGGUUCGGAGAUUCUCAGGUUCCGACGACGUCAGCCGAGGAACAUGACAGCCAUACUUAUAGAUGGUAUUGA